AUGAGCACACACGCUGCCGUCGUCACCAUUGGGCCCGGUCUCCCUCUGGAAAUCCACCAGGUCAAGACACCCAAAGCGAUCGGGAAUCAGGUCAAAUUGAGGACUGAAUGGACAGCUUCCACUCCAUUGGACCUUCACCAGGCCGAUGGCGGGUUGCUUGUGAAGAGUCCACAGGUCCUCGGAGAUGGAUUUGGGGGAACCGUCGUGGAAAUCGGACCAGAAGUCUCCCGUCUCGAGGUUGGGGACGUUGUGUUCGGCUUUGGAUGGCGAAGCCAGGAGGAGAAGGCACACCAAGAAUAUGUGGUGACGAACGAGUAUCUCCUGGCCAAGCUUCCCACGGGCUUCAGUUUGCAAGAAGCCGUCACUCUGCCGAACAAUUUUGUGACGGCCUGGCAUACCUUGACCAAAGAAGCAGGGCUUAAUCUGCCUUGGCCGAAGCCUGAGAACCACAAGCCGCAGACAAGAGAUCAAUGGAUUCUGGUUUGGGGUGGGAGCUCGAGCGUCGGCCAGUAUAUCUUGCAGGUGCUUAAGUACUAUGGCUACAAGAACGUGGUUGCCACCGCCAGCAAGGCUCACCACGAGCGAUUGAGAACUUACGGUGCGAAAGAGUGCUUUGACUACCGAAAUGGAGAUGUCAGCGAUGAGGUCCAAAAAUUCAUAAGUUUGCAGUCCAACGGCAACGGACAUAUCUCGUUCAUCGUAGACUGCAUCGGCAGCCGCACUUCAAGCAUUUCACCUAUAUCGAAGAUUGCAAAACCCGGUACCGAUGUGGCAAUCAUGUUACCAGUAAUAGUCAAGGAUGCCGCUGUUGGUAUCAAGCCAGAACUGUCAAUGGACGUCGAUGAGGGAGUGUCAUGGGCAGAUGGUGUGGAGCGAAGGGGGGUGCGAACGCACUUCUAUCUAGACAAUCAAUUCCUGGCGGACAAAUUACAGCCGGAGAUCAUGCCGUCGUUACUAGAAAAGGGCGUGAUUAAACCGAAUGAUCAAUUGAUUGUGGAAGGGGAUACAUUGCUGGAAAGGGCGGAGAAGGCAUUGUCCAAGUUGCGCAAUAAGGAGGUCAGUGGUGCCAGGUUGGUGUGGCGCAUUGCAGCCGCUCAGAAUUGA